AUGGAUCUAGGAGCGAGCUUUGCUGCUUUUCUCAUACUGGCGCUGGGGGGAUGGCUGCUCUUCAACUUCACAGCCAAGGCUCUUGCGCUCCUCAUCAGCCAAGUGACGGGCAACAUGGUGCACUUCAGGAUAAUCAGUCCAAUCAGGUUGAAGGACUUGUCAAUUACCUUCAAGAAGGGCCCCAUCGCAUCGGUGACAGUCGGCGAGAUGUCCUGCAGUGUGAGGGAUUCCCUGAGUCCUGUUCUACGAAGAAGUGGGGCUCUGAAACUGCACAUUGCUGUCAAAGAUGUGGAGGUACUACUGAGACCCACCGUGAAAUCGACAAGGAAGAAGGCCAAGAAGAAACCAAGGAGGCCUUCUGAAGCACGCGGGCAGCAUUCGGGGACUGGUGUUUGGUGGUUUCUUUCAAGAGUUGUCGGUCUUCUACAUGUCUCCAUGACGGACGUGAUCUUCACUUCAACAAAGGUGGAUAAUGUCUCUCUGCAUAUGAACUUUUUGGACCUGGACUGUCAGAGACAUGCCACGAACCGCCUGAACCUGCGGCUGGAGUGCCUUCCCUGGCACCUGCUGAUAUGCAGAACCGCAGAGGAGCAGAGUACCCGCUUGCACAGCCUCCUCUCUCUUCUGUCUGGCUCGAAGAAGACAGAGGUCUGCGUACCUGUAGUGACCUUGGAGAGCAUGGUGAUUGACCUAGCCGUGGGUUUCGAGAAGGCGCAUGGAAUCUGCGUAAUGCAGGCAGGGGUUGCUUGCGGCGAAAUGGCAGUCAAUCUAAACGAGCAGCUUGCCUGGCUUCAUCUAGAGGGGACCGUUGAGAGCGCCACACCGGCCAGGUCGGAGUCCAUCGAAAGCCAGCAAUCGGCCGCGGGCUCUACCACCCUCGAUCCCUCCGCUCCGUGGAACCUUCUAGAAGAAGAGGUGCACCAGGCUGCCAAGAAUGUUGAUCUACAAGGGAGAUCUCCGUUAGCUGCUUCUGUAGACGGUGCAGCUGCAGCACAGGCAGCUAGCGCUCUGAACGACCUCUUGCAACCCAGUGAUGGUCCAAGUCACGAUGGGGAUGCUCUCAACGACAGUAAACGCGGCUUCCGGCUGCCAGAUCAAGUGACUUUCCAGCUGCCCUGCCUGAAAGUCUCCUGGGCUCAUGCAAGCCUGGAGCAUGUCCUGCUGAGCGGAUUCACGGGUCUGCAAGUGGAAGCUAAGGGGACGCAGGCCGAUCAUCAGGCGGGAUCUUCGGGGCUGCUUGACGUGCAGUGUCAAUGCGGCGCUUUUGAGCUUCUCCGUGGCACGGACAUGGCGCUGGUCGAUGUUGUUCGCAGCGUGGUACACGCGUCUAUCCAAGUCCCUUCCAGCCAAGGGGAGCCGCUCAGGGCCGCAGUAGAUGUCAAAGUCGGGGGGGCAACGUGCAACGUGUCACCAAACCUUGACCCGUGGCUGACGAUUGCACUUGGCGCGGUUAAGUUUCUUCAGAGCAGGAAGGCGCACCGGUCGGCGGUGGGCAAAAGUGUUAGGAGUCCGGGAGGACAGGGGGCGGUGGGGGCAGAAAGCGGGGCUGGAGAACUGGGGUCCGGAGAGCCGGCUGCAGCGGGAGCGAAGAAGCGAAAGUCGAGCAAGCUUUUGUGGGACGUGGCCGUUUCGGCCCCAGAUGCUGUUCUCGUUCUCUAUGGUCCAUUCGAAGUCGAAGUAUUAAAGGUCACCGCGCACUCGGCACACACCUGGAUUGCAGCGUCUGGGCCCCAGGUCCUGGAGGCAAAUUGCGAGUUCGACGAGCUUCUCUUCCACUUCGUGGAGCCGGAGGCCAUCGGGCGCUCCAUCAAACGGCUCUCGUCUGACCCGCUCCUCCUCUCGAGCGCCCCCGAGACCCAUUUCGCAAAGCUGCUUCGGCUUAGGCACUUGGAGGUGCAGUGGGGUUCGCAGGGGUUGGAAGCCGAGGAUCCGGCAAGCGCUUCUGCAACGGGCGACGUGCGGGCGGUGCAGAUCGAAAUCGUGGGCGGUGGCCUGUUUUUGGAUAUGCAGCAGAUCCGCGCUCUGGUCAAGGAGAGCGACGCGCUUUUGGCGUACCUCAAGGGGAAGUUUGCGAAGGACCCUAGCAAAGACUCGUCAGCCAAGAAGAGCCAGCCGAAGCGCAAGAAGCGAGCGGCUGUGGAGCAGGUGCGGUUCAGCAUGGAGGCGUUUGCCUUAGAGAUCGAUAGAGUCAUGGAAUUCAGAGUCGUGACAGUCGAGGGCAAUCCGAAGAGCGAUGGGCGACCUGACCUGGCCCAAAUCGUUCCUGUACAUAUAGAGCAGGUCUUAGAUAGCGAAUCCCAGUCGAACGGAGAGUCGUUGUUCAAGUCGGAAGGUGCUUUCCGAACCAGCCCGGCAGGUCCGAAGGCCCCACCUCUGCCCUGCAGUGCCGUGCUGGCACUGGGCAAAGUGAGUGUGAUUGUGCAGAGCGGAGUGGUGAGUACGAAGCUCGAGCGGUGUCAUCUGGACUAUCGGGAAGAGGGGCUGCCGCUCGACAUUCGGACGGCAAGUCGCAGAAGCUCGUUCGACCAGUCUGGGAUGCGCAGCGGGGCAAAAGUGCAGGAAGGAAGCCGAUCGGCGAGUUCUUCGCAGCAGUCUAGUCGGAUAUCGUCCGGGGUGGGAACCUUGGACCCCAAGUCGGACCGGACUGUCACGCUCUGCGGGGUGCAGACUGCGAGCGCUGUCUAUAGCAAAGGAGUCAAGCAAGAGGGGAAGCCGGCAAGCGUGUGUGUAGCGGCGUGCGGGGUCGACGUCGCUUGGGAAGCGGAUGCGCACCUGUUCCUACAUGCGGUGGGGCAGGAUGUGAAGCAGGUGCUCGACCGGCGAAAAGAGCACCGCAAGCGGGCGAAGCGGGCGACAGGGGAUCACGGGGCGGGGCUGGGGGCCGAUGCAGCGAAAGCGAAUGGAGUAGAGGCGGAAAGCAACUCGGGGGGGCAAGCAAACGGUGCCGAGAGCGGGCAGAAGGAAAGCGUCAUCGACCAGGAAUUGGAGAGCGCGAAAGGUGAUUCGAAGGCGGGCAUGAGAGAAGCGUCUCCCGGCGCGGCGAGCCCGGCUGCAGCUCCUCUGAGGCCACUCGUGGUGUCCUUGGAUUUGGAGAUGCUUAACGUUGGGGCGGACAUCGGGCUCGGUUGGCAGGCGUUCCUGCGCGCGCAGUCGGUGUUUUCAGAAGACGCGUCGAUCGGGGUGCUGCUAGAGGGUUUGCAGGCGGGGCUGAAUGAUGCCGUCAUUCUUAGCAGCAACAGCUUACAGGUCUCGCGGCACCCCGCUCAGCCGGACGGGGAGGGCGUCGGAACCGGAACGGAAAGCGUCCAAGUGGGAACGGAAGGCGUCCGAACGGAAAGGGAAGGUGUCCGGCCGGAAGCGGAGAGCGUCCGAGCGGCGUGGGACGUGCUCGUGCAGGGGAACGGGACUCGGUUGACGAUGCCCUUCCGGAUGGCGCUGCGCGAGGCGGAGGACGCAGGGGAGGACACGGCGCGCGCGCUCAAGUACAUAUUGCUCGCGAUGAAGGAGGGGCACGCGUGGUUUGAGAAAGUCAGCUCGGAGCCGAAGAAGAAGAAGAAACGGAAAGCGGUGGGGAAGGUAACGCUGGCGAUGCGAGAUUUCCGUGCCGAUAUCGAGGACGAGCCGUUUCAGUCGUGGCUGGAUCUCCAUUACCGGAUGCUGGCGAAGCAGGUACGGGAAGCGAUGGUGCGCGAGAAACUGCUGGCGGAGAAGGUUGGGGAGGCGGCCGCCAAGGAGCUGAUGCAGGAGGCGCGGUCGUUCAUCGCGGUACCGACGCAAGCACCGGCGGAGAAGGGGGCGGAUGGGCCGGAUCUGCUGAACCCGGCUCUGGCUCGAGAAGCCUGGGAGCGCGUGAUGCGUCAGGCCAGCCGUGCCUACAAAGAGGAAUGCUCCUGGCGGCUUCAAAUCGAUGGCGCCACUGAGAAAGCCCCCGGCCCAGGGGGGCAGUGCACCGUCCGCGUCAGCAAAGAGCGGGAAAGCCUCAUUGCUGUCUCGUGCACGAGCCUGGACGUGGUCCUCACCGAAAUUGCAAACGGCACCGAGGGGUUGACGCAGCGGGUGCGCGAGAUGGAUUCCAUACGGCCCGGCCGGGGAGUGCCGUUCAGCCGUUUCUACGGGCGGCAUACCACGUGGGAGGCGGCGGGGCUGCGACUGCAGCUGCGGGACUUCAGCGUGCCGCUGCUGGCGGCCGUAAGCGGCACGGCGGAGGGGGACAUGAUCAUGGCACAGCAGGCGACUGUGGUCCCGCCCCUGGUCUGGCAGGAGCUUCCCGUCGGGCGCUGGCAGAUUGUCCGCAUGCUGCGGUCCGCAAGCGGAUGCACGCCCCCCCUCAAGCUGUACACCAACCUUUCAGUCGACCUGGUCGCCGCCGAGAUCGGUGUCGGCACCGGCUUUGAGCCCGCGUAUGCAGACAUCAGCUACGCGUUCACGACCGCGAUCAAGAAGGCGCCCAGCCCGGGCGCCGACGUCAUCGUUGCAAGCGCCAACCCGACUCCUAAAACGAGUGCCGCGGGAACGCCUCGGGCGUCCCAGGUGGACACUCUUGCCCCCACACCGGUCGAGUCCGUCCGCGACUUGGCAAUGAGCAGUGUCCCCUUUCCGCAGCAGGACGCGGCCGGUGGGCUGGGGUGCAUCGAGCUGCUGACAGGUGGCAGCGUGCCAAUCGUCGGGCUGCAGGGCACAUCGGCGAUACCGAAGGAGCGCAGCCUGCCGUGGUGGGACCUGAUGCGCUACUACGUGCACGGCCACCAAAAGGUCGUCUUCCACGACCUGGAGUUAGCCCUCCUCGCGACGCCGGACCCGUACGAAGAAGAGCAGAUGCUGCUUCUGUCUGCAAGCACGUUCGAGGUGAACAGCUACCCGGGCGCGGUUGCCGUUGAAGCGGAGAAAGUCUCCGUGAAUCUCACCGCCGGGGGUUUAGACGGAGCCGGAGGGGUAAUGGACGGCAGUGCGGCGGCGGCCGAGGCAGACCCCCUGGCCGGGCCAAUGCGGGCGACUCAGCUACAGAGCCCGGUGUAUUGGGUGGACUUUACUCUCGGUUGGGACUGCCCCUCGGGGCAACCCCAGAUGCACUACCUGCACGCGAUGCCUUGGGAGGGCACGCUCCGGCAAACGCUGAACGACCCGUUUCGGUCCACGUCGCUGCGGCUCGGCAUUGAGAUGAAGUUCCGCGAGGCCCCAACGGCGCACGUUCCAAACCCGAGCAGCCCGGAAACCCGCCCGCGGAGAAACACGGCCGACGUGCCCGAGGGCCCGCGCAACUUCGAAGCCACGUGGGCGCGGGUGCAUUCCAACAGCGAGGGCACGCUCCCGCAGUCGCGGCUUGCGCGAUCCCAGAGCGUCUCCGCGCAGCAGCUCACGCGGCGCCGCUCGAACGCGUCGUCGGCCGCGAGCGAGGACUUCCCGACGGUGCCGACGAUCGCUCUUGGCGCGCCGGACUUUCUUUUCGUCCGCAAGUGGUGGUCGCUGUGGUACUACCCGCCCAUGAAGCUGCGCUCAUUUGCGCGGUGCCCGCGGUUCGGCGUUCCAAGGGGCAAGCGGUCGGGGAACCUGGGGCUGGACAAGGUGCUCACGGAGCUCAUGCUCAAGAUCGACUCGACGCCGUGCUGUAUGAAGCACGUGUCUAUCGGUGAGAACGACCCCGCGGAGGGGCUGACUUUCCAGAUGCAGCACCUCAAGUACGACUGCUGCUGGUACCGGGCGCCCAUCGACGAGCAGACCGCCUCCAUCCUGGGGGUCGACUAUCGGGGGAGCCUGCCGCGGGGGGACCUCCUCGUGGUGUACCAGGCCUUCGACGCCCGCACGCUUCGCGUCUUCCUCGACUCCGAAUCGAAGGCGCGCGAGUCUGACGAGAGCCAGCGCCGGUUCGACAAGCUGCGGCAGCUGAUGGACCUCCCCGAAACGUACCGUGGCGAGGCCUCCAUCUCCGAAGACCCCGGGUCGGCCCGCUCCGUUUCGUACGGUGACGACAAGGGGUUUCUUCUGAGCACCGACUGCUUCUCGCUGCGCAAGCAGUCCCCCAAGGCGGACAACCGGCGGCUGGCCACGUGGCGCAUCGGCCCGCGUGUGGGCAUGACGAUGUUCAGCAUGAGCGGGCUGAGUGCGGCGAGCGACAGCGACUAUGGAAGCGGCGUCUCAGGCAGCGAGGAGGAAGAAGGCGUGGCGGUGCUGCUGGCCGACAACUGCCUGCGCGUCUCCCUCCACGGCCUGAAGCUGCUCUGGACGCUGCCCAACCGCGACGCCGUCUGGUCCUGGGUGCACGACAUGGCGCGCGGCUUCUCGUCCCCGAAGCCCUCCCCCUCCAAACAGUACGCCCAGCGCAAGAAGAUGGAGGAGCACCAACGGCUCCUCCGCUGGCGGCAGAACGUUUUAGAGAUCCCGGUGUCGCCAACCCCUGCUGAAAAGGUCGUGGGCGGCGUGGUGGGAAGCCUAGCCGGAAGCGCUCCCGGCGCUGAGGGCUGGAAACUGAACCCGGGGGACAAGCCGAUGAACCCGGAGCUGCAGAAGGAGGCCAAUACAACGAGGUCGGCGGCAGCCGGGGCGGCGCAGAACGCUCCGACGAAGGCGGCUGUAAGGAGCGCGGUGGCAGAGGAGGAGGACGGGGAGUUGAAGUUCAUGAUCAACGUCACGCAGCCGCAGUUCAACCUGCACUCGGACAACGCAAGCGGUCGUUUCCUGCUCGCCGCUGCCAGCGGCCGCGUCCUCGCCCGCUCUUUCCACGAGGCGGUCGUCAUUGGUCUGGAGGCGCUGGCGGGCGCUCCCGAGAUGCGCGGACUGCCGUCGGCGGGAGGUUUUCCGAUCAUCACGUGGCGGAAGCGCGAGCUCAGCAUUUUGCUAGAGCACGUGCAGGCCCACGUGGCGCCCACGGACGUCGACCUCAACGCAGGCAUCCAGUGGCUGCCCAAGGUUUCACGCGACGGGCGGGCGCAGGCAAACGCGAGACAGCCCGGGGUGCUGCUGGAGCGCGUUUUCACACCGUGCACCAUGGUCUUCCAGUACACGCGGCACCGUGGGGGCCAGGGCGACGGCAAGGGCAAAGACGCGCGCAUGAAGCCGCUGAAGCACUUCCACUUCACGUCGCCUGACAUCAGCGCCAGCAUGACCAGCCGGCAGUUCUCCAUUCUGAUGGACGUCAUCACCAGCCUACUGCUCGCGCGCCUCCCCAGGGCGCGCAACCCUCCGCUCCGGUGGGCCCCCUCUGCGACGGAUGAUGACCAGGAGCAAGAGGAGGAGGCGGACGAGGUGGUGCCAGAGGGGAUUGAGGAGGUCGAGCUGGCGCGCAGUGAGAUUGAGGCGCUCGAGAGGGAGUGCAAGGCAAUGGCACAGGACCUCCACCGGAUGCGACUGCAAGGCACCGACGACGGGCAGGCCGCUUUCAAUGGCGGUCUCAAGGGAACCAUUGACAACGAUCUCAAGCUCUGGAUGGUCACUGCAGCAAGAUACGCUCUGAUCCGUCGGCUCGAGCUGGGCCUGGCCGCGAAGCGCGAGGCCAAGGCGGCCGCACGCAAGAGCCUGCGCAGCAUCCUCAAGGCAGCGGCCGCCAAGCACCAGCAGCAGCUGAAGCACCCGUCGUCCGCGCUGCGCAUCAGCUGGAUCAUCGACAAGGGCAUGUGGACCAUGCUCGCCGACGGGGAGCCCUUCGCCGAGGCAGAGAUCAACAACAUGAUCCUGGACCUGGAUCGCGACUUCGAUGACGUGGGCUUCGCCAGCUUCAUGGUGAAGCACCUGACCAUCCGCAACUGUUUGCCGCACCCCAAGUGCAAGGAGAUUCUGGGCGCGUGGAACCCGCCUGAGUGGUCCAAGGCGUGCAUCCUCAAGGUGGAGGCCAAGCAGGGCGCGCCGGAGCCCAACGGCGUCGUGCCCAUACUCCAUUUCCAGGUGGACAUCCAUCCGCUGCGCAUCCACCUCACCGAGUCCCUCUACCGUAUGCUCUUCGAAUACGUCUUCCCCAAGGACGACCUCCACCCCUUCCGCCGCGCAGACUACCAGACCGCCGCGCUCCCGCCCUCCGGGUCCGCCGCGGCCUCGCGCCGUGGCCGCCGCAACACCGUCGAGGCACCGAACCCGUCCCUCUCGCGCCAGUCCAGCGGGGACAGUCUCAAAUCGCCGCACUCCCCCAAGCCGGGCGGCACUGGAUUCAACGCCUCCCCGGGGGGGCCAACCGCCCCCUGGGCCGGGGCAAAUCCGCUCAGCUCCAGCCCGGUGGAUAUGGACCCUGAGCUGAUGGCGGAAGUUUCGCGGGUGUCGCACACGCGGCAAGCGAGCAGCAGCGGGUACAGCUCCGGGGAGCCGCACCGGGGGCCCGCGCACCGGCGCACGGCGUCGGCGAUCGAGUUCGGGUCGACGGACUCGGCGCUCCUGGAAGCGGUCGUUGCGCAGCCGACGUCGGCGGGGCGGUCGGGGAGCUACAGCGGUCCGUUGGCAAUGACGGCGCAGACUGCGAUGAGUCUGGGGCAGGUCGGGGGCUUGCUCCAAGUUCAGGCGGCGGCGAUUCUGGCGGCGGCGGGGGCCGAGGGGUCCGGGUCGAGCGAGACACCCCCAGCGGGGAAGAAGCGGCGAAAACAGCGGGCUAAGGCGGUGCGGCAGAACGAGGAGGAGGUCAGCAAGAGCAAGGACUUGGUCAUCCACUUCAUCAAGAUCGCGCAGGUGGAGCUGGUGGCGACGUACGAGGGCUCCCCCAUCUCCUUCUCCGAGAAGCGCUUCCUCAUGGACACCUUCUCGCGCGAGCACUUCACGGGCGACUGGCGGCGCCUCUUCUACAAGGUCAAGAAGCACAUCAUCUGGGGGGUGCUCAAAUCAGUGGCCGGAGUGCAGGGCAAAAAGUUCCGGGGCCAGAGCCAGGGAGGGGGGGAGAUUCACACCGAAAGUGGGUCCGAGUCGAGCGACCAGGGGGCCCGGCCGGCGGCGCUGUUAGAAGGGAGCUCGGCGCCCGGCGGAGAGCGGAGACGAUUCAAGCACAGCCAGCGGUCCAGCGAGGGCUUCGUCUCGUCGGUCAAAGGCCUGUUCAAUGCGCAGCGGCGCAAGGCCAAGGCCGUCCUGCGGCGGUCGCAGCGCGGCAGCCCCUCCAGCCUGUCCACCGUGGACGAUGACCUGCCCAGUGACGGCGGCAGUGACGGCGGCUCGCAGCCGUCCCCGGGGCUCACCCCCGGCACCCGGAGCCUCAAGUCGCUCCUCCGGCAGUCUUCCAUGCGGCGCUCGCUCGGCAAGAAGACGAGCCCUCUGUUCAGCAACAAGUCAAAGCGCGGCUCCUUUAACGAGGAAACGUCUCCAACGUCGCGCAACGACGGGGGACGGAGCCCAGGCGUCCAGGAGUCGUCCACCCUGGACAGCAGCCCCUCCACGAGCACGAUCGGCUCCGUACGGGCUGAAGAGCGGUAGCGUAGCGCAAGACUUUGCGGGGCAAGAUGUGCUGAUUGUACAAUAAGGAAUAGCGCGAUGCGAAAGCAAAUGGCAAGGGAUGAAUGUCAGAAUGUCAGAAUAGGCUCUUCAUAUGCUUGCACUUAGACGAAGCCGCUGCAAAGCUCAUACAAUGGGACGGCGAACGUAAGCCUCCUGUAACAUGUCUGUAUAAGCCUUUCUUGAAAUCAUUCGAUGAUAAAGUCUUGGAGUAUAAGAGCGUACAAGGUUCGACUUGUUCAACGCGUUGGAUAGCUGCGAUCGCUGCACGAGCAACAUGCAAAACCGCAAGG